UACCAUACUUUCUCUAAUUUUCAUAAGCACUAACAAUAUUAGGUAAUGACUUCUAAGAUCUAUCACCAGAAAACAAAACAAACAAACAAACAAAAAGAUAAAUUUAGUUUUAAUUAUCUUCACUUCUUGAUAUUUAAAUUAAAAAAUAUUCAAAAUAUUGUUUUCUUUUUUCCCUUUUUACCAGAAUCACAUUAUCAAAUCCUACCUAAGUCUUUAGGUAUAAUCAUUUCUAACCACACUGACAAGAGUAUUAAGAUAUUAAAUGUACUUGUAACAUUUAAAAACUGCCAAAUGGUUGGUAAUGAUUUUGUGAUUUUUCUUUUCUUUAAUUUUUAUACUAAAUUAGUCGUUCAGUCACCAUACAAAUUUAGCUUAUAGUAGCUUAAACACUUGAAAUCAGAUUUCAGAAUUAAUGUUUAAAAUUUUGACCUUUUCAGUUACUAACCAGUAUUGGUGAUUGACUUGCUUGUUUCAUCAGCUUACUUCAUUAUACAAAGACAGGUGGUAUUUGUUUCACAACUUUUGGAUUUUCCUUUGUCCAUAUUUUAAAAUUUCUAUGAGUCUUAUUUGGGAAGAUGGGUGCAUGAGUAUCUCAGAACUCUUAAAUGCUUAUUGGCAGAACUUAGGUCCUUAAAGAAAUCAGUUAUGAAGGAUUUUUUUCUGAUUAGCUGAUAAGUUUAAUAUGAAUUAUUUCAGGUUACCUAUACACUCAUAUUCAUUGUGUCAUUUAUAAACCAGCAGGUGGCAAACUUGAGAUUUUUUUAUACUAUGACUCUUGUUAAAGAUGUACAAGUAUUGAGCCAUGUAUCACUGGAUCUCAUGAAUAGCUCCUUUGUUGUCCAUGAUUUAAAAAUUAAACCCUCUAACUGUAGAGCCACUGGUAUUUGGAUAGCAAUGCACUUUAUUUAUUUAUGUAUGUGUUUAGUUUUAAUUUUAUUUGCAGUUUCGUCCUAUAAUUCUUUCUCUAAAAACCAGUUUUGAAGCAUAAAAGAUGCCAAUUUGAAUCCAUUUUUGUUAUGAUUUCUAUGAUUAAGAAUAAAUUUUAGUGGUCCUUUUGUUUACUUUGGGGGAACUUUACAUCAUUUAAAGGGGCAUGUAAAAUUACUUUGCUCCCAGAACAGGCAGUAUUCUUUUGAAAGUUCUAAUAGCAUUGAUUCUCAUGUUUUUAAACAUAAAACAUAAUUUCCUCUAUGUAUAAUUAUUGGUUUUAUUUUAUUCCUCUAAAUAUUUCUGUAUAAGUAAGUGUAAUUCAUUGGUAGUCACUGAUAAGUGAAGAUAGAUUUAAUUUCUUCUGUAUACAUUUGAUUUUUAAAAGUUAUGAGUCAUGCACCAGUUAUCUAGGAUCAAUCAAGAUUGAUUAUAUUCAGGCAUAUGAUUAAGCUGUGGGGGCAUUUAAGUGAACAUAUUUCUAGGCAUCGCAUUCAGAAAUAAUACAACCAUAAUAUAUGAUUUACUUAUUUCUUUCUCUUUCUGAAGUCUAUCUAUUGUUAACACUACUUGUAUGUCCUCUACAAAAUUAAUUUCCCUUCCUUAAGUCACACUCCUUCCUGUAUGUCUGCAUUGACCAAUCUAUUUGAACAGUUACUCUAGUUUGUUAUUCUCUUUCAAAUGGGGGAAGAAUUUUAAAAAAAAAAAAAGAAAAGAAAAGAAAAGGAGUGACUAAAGACAAACCAAAGCUAGGCAACCUAGAUACUUCAUUAUUUCUACAUAUAAAUUGGAUCAUCUAGAUGAUUUCUACAAUAUUUAAAUAAAAUAAACUGUGCCUCAUUAAAACCAAAAAAUACUUGAAGGAUUCUAACAACUGGCUGUUUGGUGGACUGGGUUUCCAAGACGUGGAAAAUGAAUUCACUAAUUAAUCAACAUAAAUGUUUGAGUUGUUUUCCAAAUAUCACAAUAACUGAGGACUAUUAAAGGCCUAAUAACUUAUAAUUCUUCCUUCCUGCUUUUAUAUUUUUUAAGGUGAGAGGACUCAAUUCUUUUUAAAUGUAGAAUAUAAACACAUCAUAAAGAAAGUAAAUUAUAAUCGUUUGAUAAUUUAAUAGUUUAGUUUAAAUGAUUAAAUAAGCCCCAAAUCAAAUUUAAGAGAAAACUGAAAUUGACACUUAGGCUAUACAAUAUGUAUCACUCAGCUUUAGUGAUCUCAGCAUUAGGGCUUUAAAAAAAGAAACUUCUAAUCAGAGAGAUGCCUACAUUGCAUUAGUCUGCAUGUAUGCAGAGGACAAGAUGCCCUGGUUUGGUCUAGUAUAUCCUCACUCAAUCCUCCUCUUUUUUUUUUUUUUUAAUUUCUUAAUGCUUAUUUAUUUUUGAGAGACAGAGAGACAGAAUGCAAGUGGGAGAGAGGCAAAGAGAGAGGGAGACACAGAUUUUGAAGCAGGCUCCAGGCUCUGACCUGUCAGCACAGAGCACGACAUGGAGUUUGGGCCCAGGAACUCUGAGAUCAUGACCUGAGCCAAAGUCUGAUGCUUAACAGACUGAGUCACCCAGAAGCCCCUCUCCUUUCUUUUAUUUUCCUCCAAUCUAUCUCCAACUGUGAAACUCAGUUUUUGAGAAAGAUGGCCCACACCCCAAAAACACCUUCUCACCUCUCUGUUUCCUGAGUCUCCCUGAUGAGAUGCCUUGUGAUUUUUCGUGAAGUAAAAUCAGAGAUAUGAAAAUGGGAAACAGACACAGUGAUUUCCAUACUUCUAGAACACCAUGUGCAUCAGAUUAUAACACAGAAACACCUAAGCUAGGGUUGGCUCCUGCCCUGAUGACUCUGACAACUGUCAGUUGUUCAAAGAGCCAGAUUUUUGUUUUUAAUAAUGCCCUUUCCAACGUAAUACUUAAAUGUACACGUCUUGAAUUUCAGUGUGAACACAGGGUCCUAGUCAUGCUUAAAUCUGGCGACGCAUCCCAAACGGAUAGCAGUGCUACUGGGUAAGAGCAAGGGUCUGCUGAAGAAUAAGGACCACCAACAUCCCCACUGAAGUGUGUUCGGCCCAUUGCGUCUCCACACCUCCGCUACCAACACGCAAGGGACUUGUGGAAACAAAGGAGAGUUGACGCUCCCUAUGAGCAGGCUUGAGUCUAGCUCUUUAGAGUGUGGAAUUCCUGGGUGAAAGUCCAUAGGGGUCCUAGUGAAUUUAGGAGUCUGGCCUUUCUCCAUCCCUUCGGCUCUCUCUGCCUUUCUAUUUCUUUGCCCACUGUGCCCCCACCCUACCCCGUGUAUACGCAAAAGAAAGUUUUACACAGAAUGAGCUCCGCGUUGACGUAGGCAUCCCUCCCCUUCCAUCUGGAUACAAACCCAGAAGGGAGCAAGCAGGGGAGAUGCGAAGGCAGGGAUCGCGAGGAUCAUUGUGGUUAGGGUCCCCAGGGGGGGCCGAUCAGGAGCCAGCCAAGAGUAUUGGUUCUAGACCCACAAAUAGAUCAGGCUUUUCCCUCCUCCAUCAACCUCUCAAAUCCCAAUGAGGUCACUGAAAUGAAAGAGAAUCAGAGCAAGAGGCAGGGGGAGGAAGAGGACGACGAGGAGGGAGAAGAAACCCAGACGGAAAAAGGCCAUCAGACAAGGUCGCUUUUUCUGGCGACACAGCAACUACGAGGAGCGUGGUGCUGAAUAUAUCCGCCCGCUCAGCCUGGGGACCGAGGGACUCGCAGAAGCACUUUGUGUUACCACGAAAACAAAGGAGAGGAGACGAGAGCGAGAGGGAGAGAGAAGCUCUGAACAGUUCCGCUUUGCAUCUCUGGGAAGCAAGGCUCAUCUCCUUGGCAAGGAAAGAAAGGGAAGCCUGAAGGGUCUGGGAGGCUACGAAGGAAGCAGGUUUCCUGCGGAGACUUGGGACGCGGCAGAACUCUGGACAGCGCCUCUCCAGCAGGGCUCCUUUCCUCCUGGCUCCGCCAGGUUUCUGGCUCCUUCCUGAAAGCCCUUCUGCGGGUACACUCUCCUCUCCUGACCCCGACCACCGAACCCGGGAAAAUCCGACGAUCCCUGUCAGAACGUGCCAGGGGGCGGAGCGACUCUUGCCUCUGGCCCGGUCAGGGAAGAGGGUCUCCGGUUCUGGAAAUCUAGUCCUUGUGGAGAAUGCUUCGCUGGUGAAGAAAGAAAAGUUUUGGGGUCUGGUAGGGGGCGGAAGGGGUAAGGAGGAUAGUGGAAGAAAGAAGGUGGAUGGUUGGUUUCCCUCUCUGAUCUGGAAGGAAUGAUGACCGAGGAAGGAUGUGCACCAGCGGCCAGAUUAUUGGGAGCCUCUUGGUGCUCUCUGUGCUGGAGAUAGGGCUGGGGGUGUCCAGCGUGGCCGUGGGGGCGGUCAGCUUCAGCCUGGCCCUCCGAGAGCACAAGCCGCAGCUCGGAGACUCGUCCCCGGUAUGGAGCGGGGUGUGUUUUCUUCUUUGUGGCAUAUGUGGAAUAUUGUGCGCCAAAAAAAAAUCUGGACUUGUCAUGAUCCUUUUUUCUGCCUGCUGCAUCUGUGGACUCAUUGGGGGCAUCCUGAACUUUCAGUUCCUGCGGGCAGUGACAAAGAAGACCUCUUCCCUCUAUCCUCUGCAUCUCGCCUCCAUGUCUCUCGCGUGCAUUGGGAUUGGUGGCUGCACCCUGUCUUCCUGGCUCACGUGUCGACUAGCCAGCUACGAGCAGAGGAGGAUGUUCUCUGAAAGGGAGCAUUCGCUGCACCACUCUCAUGAAAUGGCCGAGAAAAGAUUGAGGGCUAUUGAAAUAACCGACUUGCCCAGCUGCCCGGUGGUGCCCCCGACACCAGAGUUACCUACAAGGAAAUGACAGACAACAUGAGCAAUGGAGGACCACAACUGAUAUUUAAUGGAAGAGUAUAAUCAAUGUUUUAAAGAACUGAACAUUUUUUAGGAUUUUCAUGAGGAAAGGAAAUACCAAAGGACUAGGAGAUAAAAUUACAACAGUUCUUGCAUUUGCUGUUAUCUCUCUUGAGCACCCACUGUAAUUAUUCUCCCACAGUUUUGCCUCAUUUAUUUCUCCAGCUUUUUUAUUGGGUGAAGCCUUCAGUAAUGCAGUAAUUUUAGCAGAAUUUCCAGAUUGUUCUAAAGACUUUUCAGGAAAAAAAAAAAAGAGGAAUAAGCAGAUUCAUAUUCUACAAAACCACUAUUUGACUAGCAUGAGUGUUAGAUUUGUAAUGAUAUAUUUCAUAUAAAUAAUCAAAAGUACAAAUAUCAAGAAGUAACAAUAACCUACUGAUGUCUUUGUUUUGAAAGACAAUGGCUUCAAGAAUACCACAAUUCAAAACCUCAGCAAUGCCUUGUUGUAAAAACAUUAUAAUUAUUUCCAAUUUGUGAAUGAACUAUAUUUCAUAAUUUAUUUGUAAAUGAUAAAAAAAACCAAAAACAUAAACAAGAAUUUUUUUAGAGAGAGACAAUGCUAAUCUGUAUGAUAUUUUUGCAUUUUUGCACAAGAGUGAAAAAUUAUAAAUGAACAUCAUUUAAGGAAAAUAAAUAUGCUUUCAUUAUACCGUGCAGAUUGAUCUGCAUGUUCAUGAAUGAGCCUAAGAAUAAAAUAAAGUGUGUGUGUGUACAUAUACUGUAAAUAUAGAAAAUAUAUACAGCAUAUAUUUAUAGCACUCAUGAAUGUAAAUAGGUAGUCAAAAAGAAAUUAUAAUACUUGUUGGGAUAUUAUCAAGAUUCUAUCCCCAAAUAUAUGGGAAAGCAAUUUUUCAAGGCUUUUAUAUGCCCACAAAAUCACACAUUUGAUUUCUACUAAAUUUGUUCAUUUUAUUCUUUUUAUUAUGUCUGCUGUGUGUAAAUUUCAUUGUGACUGACAUUUAUGGAGUUGAGAUAUCUGAAUAGGGUAGUAUAAAGAUAGAUUACUUAUUUGGCUAUUUUACUUUUAGGGUAUUUAUGUAAUAACAAUGAUCAAUACUGAUUUAUAAACAUAACAACUUUAAAUCACAUACUUCCACCUUAUAAAUAUAAACAUAAUGACUUGUGAUUAUUCAUGAUACUUAUAUUUCAACACCUUACAACCCCGAUGAUGUAUGCCCAAAAGGUAAAGUUAUAAUUAGCUUUGGUAGAACUUAAUUUAGUUUUUUUAACUUUAUAGUUUACAUGAAACAAUACAGACCAUUUUUAAAAAUACAUUUAUUCAAAGAACCUGAAAGAGUUCUUUGUAGAAGGAAAUAGGCCUACAUUUAUAUAGCUAGAUUUAAAUCUUCCAUAAUGGAAUGUUAAAAUAGAAAUCUAUGACAAAAUGAAUAGGCAAGAAAAUAGCAUAGUCUUUGACAUAUUUAUGAGAAUAAAACCUCUGGUAAUAGAUUUUAAAAAUGUAAUAUUUUAAAAUAUGUAAUUCUCACUGUAUUGUAUACUUUUAUUUUGUCCCCAAAGCUAGUCAGUUUUCAAGUCAUUUUUAUGAGUUACUUAUUGAGCCAUAGGUAAAUUCAACCUUUAAUGUUCAGGAUGAGAACAUGUUAUAAUUUAGAAACAAAAUAUGGGUUUUAAUUAUAACAAAAUAAUAAUUCCAGUUAAUGGAAAUCUGAAGGUAUUUUAGUUUUAGAGCAACAUGAUCAUCACCUGCCCCAUUUAAGUCAACUCAUAAGAAAAUUCUGGCUGUAUAUAAUCAAAAGAAAUAACUGAACUAUGGUUGGUGUAGUGUUUGAAGUCUUCUAACUCAUAUGAAUAACUUCUUUAUCCAGCACAUUACAAAAGUUGCCCAUAAAUGCAACCUCAAUAGUGAAUCAACAUUAUCACUCUUCUAUUGAUGCCACAAACAGGCAUAAUCAUUGUCACUGAAAAUAUAAACUAUACAAUGCAGAUAUUUUGUAUAUAUCUGGCUCUACUGAACUUACACAAGGAUGUAGUUUUGUACUGAAGGAAUAACCACUGACUCUAAUUUUAGGUGGCAUUUCUUUGUAGACGUGUUUGUAUAAUACAGAGUUAUAAUACAUCAGUAAGAUGUUUUAAUGCCUUUUGAAAUAAUCUAUGAAAUCACCCAUCAAAGGACAAAAGUAAGCAUCUCAUUGCUUUGAUAUAGAGUUACGAAGAGAUGCUAUCAUUACAAUUAUCCACAUAGUCUACAGUGUAUAUAACCAAGUAUAGAUAUGUCUUUAAAUGUAGUUAUUUUAACCCAGUAUUUUCAGGGCUCAGUUAUUUAGAGGGAUUUAUUUGUGAUUUAUAGCGAUUCUUUCUGAAUUAAACAGGGGAAGUUAGGAAGACAUUGUUCAAGUAGCUGAAAAUUUAAUUUUCACAAUAAAUUGAGCUAUGAACUAGAACAUUUUAAGUGACUGCAUUACAGUUUUAGUAUGAGCCUACCCUUGGGAGAAAGUAAGUUAGGAAAAAAAUAUGUGAAACUAGUGUGGUGGUGUGCUAUAGAGACUAGCUACAAAAAGAUGCAGUUAUUAGAAGCAUAAAAGAAUAAAAGUGGACUCUGGAAAAUUUUAAACAUAUAUGUGCAUAUAUGUAUAAACACACAUACACACAUAUAUAUACAAUCGUUUAGAAGUGGAACAUGGUAUGAUGACUCUAUGGAUAUGUCUAUGUAAUAAAAUGGUGUGCUUUGAAACUA